UCACAAUAUCCAAAAAAUAUAGCACCACAACAAAUUCAUAACCUCAUCCACUCUUCGUUUCUUUCAAAGUAAACUUGCCACACCAAAGUUUGUUUCUUCCAAAGUAACUUGCCACCAAAAGUUUGUACACCACGCACCGUUGUCGCGCCGCCUUCGAUCUAUAUGGGGGAGCAAAAGCCUCACUUCCUUCUAGUGACCUUCCCGACCCAAGGCCAUAUCAACCCGGCCCUCCAAUUCGCUAAGCGGCUCCUACACUCUGGGGCCGAUGUCACCUUCGCCACUGCGGCCUCUGCCCACAAAUGCCUCAAGAAGGCCAUGAUCCCCAAGGGCAUGACCUUUGCCAACUUUUCGGACGGGUAUGACGAUGGUUUUAAGACGACUGAUACAGACGUCAUGACCUAUCUCUCAACGUUCCGCCAACGUGGGGUUGAGACCUUGGCGGAGCUCUUCGAGAAGAGCGCUGCCGAAGGGAAAAAGGUAACAUGCUUGGUGUAUACGCUUCUCCUUCCUUGGGCCGCGGAGGUGGCACGUAGGUAUCACGUGCCAUCCGCGCUCCUAUGGAUUCAACCUGCCAUGGUUUUUGAUAUCUACUACUAUUAUUUUAAUGGUUAUCGUGAGGUUAUAAAUGAUUGUGAGAAAGACCCCUCAUGGUCGUUAGAAUUACCAAACUUACCAUUUAAGCUCAAAGCACGUGACCUCCCUUCAUUCCUUCUUCCUUCCAACCCUUAUCUUUACACUUUUGCCCUCCCUACAUUCCAUGAGCAAAUACAAGAAUUAGAGAAAGAGGAGAAACCCAAAAUCCUAGUAAAUUCCUUUGAAUCAUUAGAAGUUGAUGCUUUAAAUGCUAUUGAGAAGUUCAACUUAAUUCCUAUAGGUCCUCUCCUUCCCUCCGCCUUCCUAGACGGAAAAGAUCCCUCCGACAAAUCCUUCGGAGGGGAUCUCUUACAACAAUCUAAGGAGGCGGAUUACAUGGAAUGGCUAAACUCUCGAGAACAAAAAUCUUCGGUGAUUUAUAUGUCAUUUGGAAGCAUGUCGGUGCUAGCCAAGCCGCAAAUGGAAGAGUUAGCCAAAGCCCUGAUACAGACCCACAGGCCAUUCCUGUGGGUCAUCAGGGAGAAGACGAGCAAUGAAAUAGAUGAAGAAAAUAACGAUGAGGACGAGUUGAGUUACAUGGAGGAGCUUAAACAACAAGGGUUAAUAGUCCCUUGGUGCUCCCAGGUGGAAGUACUAUCCCACCCUUCAGUCGGGUGCUUUGUGACACACUGUGGGUGGAACUCGACUCUAGAGAGCCUAACAUCAGGCGUCCCCAUGGUUGGUUUCCCGCAAUGGACGGAUCAAAUGACAAAUGCUAAACUUGUGGAGGAUGUUUGGAAGACUGGGGUGAGAGUCAAGGUGAGUGAGGAAGAAGGUGGUUUGGUUAAGAGUGAAGAGAUAAAGAGGUGUUUGGAGGAGGUUAUGGAGAGUGAGGAGAUGAGGGAUAAUGCUAAGAAAUGGGGGGAAUUCGCGGUCGAAGCUGCCAAAGAGGGUGGAUCGUCUGAUAUGAACUUGAAGGCUUUCAUGGAGGAGUUGUUAAUUCAAUGUUGAUUCCAAAAAGAUACACGCAUAAUAAUCUAGGUUUAAUUUAACUAGUGGCUAAAUGCAUGGUCAAGUACUAUUUUAAUUGUUAAUUUGUUAGCUGGUCUUAUGCAUUUAAAUACGAUUAAUUAAUUUCUAAGUUAAUUAGCUACUUCAUUCCUUCAUUUGAUACAUCGAAUUCGAAUAGGCCAUUGUAAAAAAAUGAGUUUUGAAACUUCAAAUUUGAAGUGGUUAUAUAUAUGUUUGUAUGGAAUUCGUACAAUGCAUUUUUGUUUAAUAA